UUUAUAUAUUUUCCGACAAGUGAUAGCAGCCGCUAAACUUAAAUUACGAAUUAAUCGUUAUGUACGUAAUCUUUUCAAAAAUAAAAUAAAUCUGAUGAAUUAUGUAGUUAUAAGUUGUAUUUAAUGAUCUUUAAUAAACGCAAUAAUAUGAAAUUUACAUAUUUCAAUUCCCCUAAUUAUCCGAAUAGUUUUAUCAUUAGCUGCACCUCUCAUUAAUCAGAGAAGAGAGUAUUUAAAUAUUAUCAAAAUAUGUCUACAAAACUGAAUUGGAUAACACUCUAAAUUAGAAGAGGAAGACAUAAUAAUAUACUAUUAUCUACAGCUGAGCGCUAGCAACCGGUUUUAACUGUAAUCGAAGAUAGGUAUUUGAAUUGAGGAAAACCCGAAGUAUUGUGACUUACUAAAGUUAACAAUCAAAAUCAAGUUUUAGUAUGCAAACCACCUCUGGCUGACGCUUAGUAACAUGAUUAAAAUACUAGCAUUUUUCGCCGUUUUAAAUGUUGCUGCAUCUCGCUCUGUUGGUGAUGAGUGCAAGACAUCUGGCAAUGAUGGAACAUGUGUGUUAGUCAAUGAUUGCCCUGUGGCCCUUAGGGCAAUAAAAGAGAAUUCUCGCCAUCCAUAUAAGAGAUGUGGAUUUAGUGGUCUAAUGGAAAUUGUAUGCUGUCCUAAGACAGAUAUGCAAUACAAACCUAUAAGUACCUCCACAAUAAGAACAGAAGAGAAAUUUGGUGGAACCCGAGUUGCAGAUAUUCAAUGCAAGAAAAUAGUAGAUUCUAGUAUACCACCAUUAGGAUUACACAUUAUCGGUGGUGAAACAGCAUCGCUCGGGGAAUUUCCGCACAUGGUUGCACUCGGAUACGAGCGCGGGGACGGUUACGAAUUCCAAUGCGGCGGUUCACUCGUUUCCGAAUUUUAUGUUCUUACGGCAGCGCAUUGUAUCGAUACACUGGACCAAGUAAAACCAAGUAUAGCGCGGAUGGGUGUGGUGGAAAUAGGUGGCAGUACAUUCAACUCAGAAUCAGAUGUAAUGAUAGCUGAAAUAAAAUUGCACCCGCGUUAUGCUAGAAAAGAGAAAUACCACGAUCUCGCUUUGGUUAGGUUACAAUCGCCAGCUGAAUUGUCAUCUAAUUUGAAUGCGAUAUGCCUUUACACCCAAGAUGAUGACCCACAAGUUGCUUUAACUGUCACCGGUUGGGGAAAAACCAGCACCACGCGUGACAUAAAAAGUAAUAUAUUACUGAAGGCAAAUGUGUCUGUGGUCGAUAUAUCCAAGUGUGGCGAGUCUUAUACAAAUUGGCGGCGGCUUCCCAACGGUAUUGCACAGACUCAGAUCUGUGCCGGCGACGAGUUGGGACGACAUGACACCUGCCAGGGCGACUCUGGUGGGCCCCUCCAAGCUCUUACGGCCAGUGACGGGAACUAUCGAUUAAUCGGUGUGACGUCAUUCGGCCGCGGUUGUGCCUCUACCGUGCCUGGCGUGUACACGCGUGUCUCUGAGUACCUCGACUGGAUCGAAAGUGUCGUGUGGCCUAAUGAAUCAUAAACCCUGUUUUUUAAGGGAAUAGAUCAAUAUUAGGGGUUUUCAAAUCUUCUAUUAAUUUUAUUGUUUACUUGCCCCUUAUUUUAAUGAACUGAGAUGUUUAAAAAAAGAUCUUACACAUAAUUAAAACGUGUUGUAAAUGUGUUGCCACGGUUAAAAUGUCCAUAGAAAAAUAAUGGUCACCUCAUACGCUGUGAUAGUGAUCGUUAAGCUUCAUAAAUCUUAAAUACCUCACGAGCUUUGCCAUAACUUUUGUACCUAUGAAAAUCUUUACGUAUACCUUUAUGCAUACUGAUGCACUUUAUGAUAAGAGUUGGAACUGUCCAACUCUCAUCAUAAUUAGACUACGGUUUGAAACAUGGUCACUAUGUGACAGUGUGUCCCACUAUGUUCUAGUAUGAGAUUAUGUAUUUAGCUCUUCAUUAUAGUUAGUUUAUUAGUUCACGUAACCAUUUGUCUCUAGCCCCGUGUUUUGGACUAGAGAUACCAAUGUAAAUAUCGUUUGACAAUUCACCUCUCACAUCCAAUUUUAAUAUAUUCGCUAAAUUAGUAAUCCGUAUAUAAAUCUUCGCCAGUGGUCGUAUUCCCGAACAAUAGAAUCAAUAGAGCCCUAAACAAUGCACUUGCAUUUGUUCGAAAUAAAUAGGCAGUCAAAAAUCAUGUGUACGCGGUCAAAAGCAAUUCGGGUGACCACGGUUCACAACAUUAUUAGUUUGUAAUGUAACAGUAACAAAAACAACAAAAUAUUUUAUCAUGUUCACAAAUUCCUACAUUUUUAUAUUAUGUUUAUGCAGAAUGUUAAAGACUGUAACCAAUACCUAUAUUAUAUUUAAGAUCAAAAAUAUUUAAAAAAAGUAACUACCAUAAUGAAUGAAUGAAUAAUGUUAUUAAUAUUAUGUAUAAGUUGAAUUUUAAAUACUAAUGAAAUUAGAUGACUGAAUGCCAUAUUAUCGAAAAUUAUCACUUUUGUAACUUGUAUAAUAUUAACUACAUAUAAAAGUGCAAAAUGUAAAAUAUUAACAAUAUGUAUAUAA